AUGCCUCCAUGGUUGCAUAGGCAACCAACACAUCGGCGGUUUCAAGGCUGGUCCUGGGCGGCGCCUCGUCAGCGUCGUGGAUGGUUGGGCAGCGCCUUGGCAUUCCAGAGGGGCGAAGUGGGCCGGCCAGCAUGCGUGGGGCGCAAAGGUCACGAGCAGGAGGGAGAUGCGCUGGAGGUGAUGGAGGAGGAAGUCGGAGGUGGCAUCAGCGUCCAUGGCGACGCCACCCCGGGAACCCUCCUGCACACCUCGGCAUGGUUCGUCUGUGCCACAUGGUGGCCAAGAUGCUGGAGUGGAUCAAGAGCGGACCGUAGCAGCAGGAGCAAGGAUCUGGUGGUGGUUCAUGAUAUUGGACUGCAUUACUAA